AUGUCGAAAGGUACAAAGCUUAGAGUCUUCAUUAUGGAUCAGCCAGAGCCUCCAUUAUGCAGAGUUCGUGAGAUCUUCGAUCUCAAAAUUCCUUACAAAUCAGUGGAUGAAGAUUCAGUACUUCAAUUUAUUCACAGCUUAUGGAUGAUAAGACUAGGUCUAGAAGAAUCAGUAAAUAAGCUAGAAAAUAUUGGUAGAGAAAUUCAAGUAAAAUAUCAAG